CCUCUUCCGCGUGCGUCCUCCCUCGCGGAGAUCCUGGUGCUCCCUGGCUCGUGCUCCUUUUAAAGCAAACUGGCACAGAGUGACAUUUCCCACUCGGCCAGAAGACGGGACACGGUGAGGAGCUGCUGUGUCUCUCAUUCUACCCCCUCCGUGUAGUUUAGUUCUUUUCUAUUUUUCUCGUUUACAUCGUUAGCUUCUUGUUUUAGUCAUGUAUCGGUAUUUUGGGGAACUGUUGAGCCGCUCUGCGGGCAGUGCCCUGGCCUCGGGAUGCGUGGACUCCGCUCUCCCCGUGUCGUCGUCUCUGAUGCGGGUCCGUCGCUAUGCCGAUGCGGCCAACGAGCCCGACGACCCCAACUUCUUCAGGAUGGUCGAGGGCUUCUUUGACCGCGGCGCCACCAUCGUCGAGGACAAACUGGUGGAGGACCUGAAGACCAGGGAAACCCCCGAGCAGAAGAGACAUCGCGUGCGGGGCAUCCUGCGCAUCAUCAAGCCAUGCAACCACGUCCUGAGCGUGUCGUUCCCGAUCAAGAGGGACAACGGAGAGUGGGAGGUGGUGGAGGGGUACCGCGCUCAACACAGCCAGCACAGAACACCCUGCAAAGGGGGUAUCCGCUACAGUACAGACGUGUCUGUGGAUGAGGUGAAAGCCUUGGCCUCUCUGAUGACCUACAAGUGUGCUGUUGUUGAUGUGCCAUUUGGUGGAGCCAAAGCUGGAGUUAAAAUCAACCCCAAGAAUUAUUCCGACAAUGAGCUGGAAAAAAUCACCAGGAGAUUCACUAUUGAGCUGGCCAAAAAGGGUUUCAUCGGACCUGGCAUCGACGUCCCUGCACCGGACAUGAGCACCGGCGAGAGGGAGAUGUCCUGGAUCGCCGACACAUACGCCAACACCAUUGCACACACCGAUAUUAACGCCCACGCAUGUGUGACCGGAAAGCCCAUCAGCCAGGGUGGAAUCCACGGACGCAUCUCGGCCACCGGUCGUGGAGUCUUCCACGGCAUCGAGAACUUCAUCAACGAGGCGUCCUACAUGAGCAUGCUGGGAUUAACUCCCGGCUUCCAAGACAAGACCUUUGUCAUUCAGGGCUUUGGUAACGUGGGUCUUCACUCCAUGAGGUACCUUCACAGGUUUGGUGCCAAAUGCGUCGGUAUCGGCGAGAUCGACGGAGCCAUCUACAACCCAGACGGCAUCGACCCCAAACAGCUGGAGGACUACAAACUGCAACAUGGCACCAUCGUGGGUUUCCCGGGAGCCAAACCCUACGAAGGGAACAUUCUGGAGGCCGACUGCCACAUCCUGAUCCCUGCUGCUGGAGAGAAGCAGCUCACGCGCAACAACGCCGGCAGGAUCAAGGCUAAGAUCAUUGCUGAGGGUGCUAACGGUCCCACCACCCCGGGUGCUGACAAGAUCUUCCUGGAGAAUAAUGUCAUGGUUAUUCCUGACAUGUACCUGAACGCCGGCGGUGUGACGGUGUCCUACUUUGAAUGGCUGAAGAAUCUCAACCAUGUCAGUUAUGGAAGGCUGACCUUCAAAUAUGAGAGGGACUCAAACUACCACCUUCUCAUGUCCGUCCAGGAAAGCUUAGAAAGAAAAUUUGGGAAGCAGGGAGGACCCAUCCCCAUCGUACCCACCGCUGAUUUCCAGGCCCGAGUUGCUGGUGCCUCUGAGAAGGACAUUGUACACUCUGGGUUGGCCUACACAAUGGAGCGAUCUGCACGACAAAUCAUGCGCACAGCCAGCAAGUACAACCUGGGUCUGGACCUGCGGACGGCGGCGUACGUCAACGCCAUCGAGAAGGUCUUCAAAGUCUACAACGAGGCGGGGCUUACCUUCACAUAGAUGUCUCAUCCAGACCUGCACUGCUUCACCCUUCCUCCUUACCCUCCAGCUACACCCCCUCCUCAUUGCCCUGCUUCCCUCCACAUUGUAAACCAGCCCUCAGAACAUAUCACUGUUUACCGCUGCUCAUAGGCUCAGUAGCCGGCCUGGUGUUUAUUCUGUAAUCGUUGUGCUACCAUUAUGUUUCCGCACCUCGUCGAGGUAGUCACUUCUGCCUGAAGCAGGGAAAGUCCAGGACAUUUGUCCCGCCCCCUCCAGCCGUCAGUCAAAUGUUUCUGAUAUUGUGGAAUAGCCAUGUUCUCUGCAUUCUUCCUGUUUGCAGGGCGCAUGUGUGACCUUCUCGUUGCAGUUGUUUAUGUUGACACCACUACAGUUGCCUUAUUGCAGAAAGAAGUCUACUUUAAAUGAAAAGAUAAAAGGCCACUUUAAUCUAAACUAAUUUAAAGAAGUUUAGACGUAACUUAAUAUUAAAAAAUAGAUAGGAACUUUAGUUUGUCCUCUAUCUUGGUGUCAAGUUCAGCAGUGGAGUUUCAAACUUUUAGGACUCCUAUUUUCUUCCGUGUUUUUACUGUACUGUGGGUGGAUGUGGGUGGAUGCUCUCCUUCUUCCCUACGUUUUCCUUCUUUUUAUCUUUCCCAUUAGCUUCCGCGCAGCUUCUCCCUAACUGCUCUACUGGCUGAGAAAGAGGAGCAGAGAUGGGCGCAAGGUCACACUGUGAUCCCCCCUCCCCUGUUUUCUUCUAUCCGUCCUGUUAUUCAGCUUCAAAUGUUCUUUUGGAGGAAAAUAUAUAUUUUUUUUUUCUUAAUUUUGUUUUGGAAAACCAAUAAACUGUUCAAAAACUGCA